UUCAUUCAUCCAUCAUGCAAGUCCUUUCCAGUCUGGCGUUGGUCCUGAAGAACRUUUGGACACUUUCCUUCCUCCGGGACCUCCUGUGUGAAUUUGUGGGCACUGCCAUCUUCCUCUUCACCAGUCUGGCCUCGGUGGUGCUAUGGCCCGAGUGCCACCCUGACCCCCUGCAUGUGGCCCUGGCAUUCGGGGCCUCCGUGGCUGUGGUGUCUGUGUGCCUGGGACCUGCUACCUCUGGAGGAGGGGUCCACCUGAACCCGGCUGUGACCCUGGCUCUGGCUGCAGGACUGAGGGUGAGCCCCUGGAGAGCUGUCCUCUACGUGGGGGCACAGCUCCUCGGUGCACUCUGUGCUUGUGCGCUUCUCAUGGGAAUUGUGCCUGUCCCGCUCAGAGGGCAUCUGGGGACGAACGAGGUAGCCUUGGGUGUCCACCCAUGCCAAGCCCUCACAGUGGAGACAGCCAUCACCUUUCAGCUGGUAGUCUGUGUCCUCGCCACGUCUCGAGCCAAAUCAGCCUUCCACCUCCUGGGUCCUGUAGUGGUCGGCUUGUCUGUCAUUUUGGGAAAUCUAGUGGCGAUUGGGUACACUGGCUGUGGGAUGAAUCCUGCUAGGUCUUUUGGUCCAGCUGUGGUCACUUUAAAAUUUCAAAACCAUUGGGUGUAUUGGGUGGGUCCGUGUGCGGGGGCGUUACUAGCUGGCCUGCUACAUGACUUGGUGCUCUACCCACGAUGGGGUAGCCCUGGCGACUGGUUGGCUGAGUUUAAGGAACUGUUUCCCAAGGAUCCACUCAACCAGCCCACCACCUUGGAACACACAGUGGAGUAGAGAUGGAGGCAGUUAUCUUCCCAUUCUCUGACCAUUGACCAAAGGUGACCACGCACCAUUCUCUGAUAUCUGACCAUUUGCCACUGGUGUACACAAGUGGUCAUGCUAGCUGGGUCCAUCGUUGAGUACCACUGAGUGAAGAAACGCGACAUUUGUACACAUCUACAGUAUUCAUGCACAUCUACAAUGUAGCUAUGAUAAUAUACUCUGCUGUAUUCUCUGGGAGACUGCUUUCUCCUCUCUUUUCCUGAGUGUAGUUUAGUUUCCUUUCUGGCCAGUAAUCUGAUAUUUCAGAACUGAACAAAACACUAAUCCACCAUCUCAGGUUCUUCACAAUCAUGUUGUUUGUCAGUUUGACUUCAUUUUGUGCAUCUUUGUACCUCUCUGAGGUGUUGAACCAUCUAUAGAAGCAGACCAAAGCCUGGACAUGUCAAUGAGUGUCCAAGGUGAUUUCAUUCAGGUCAGUUAAAGUACGGGUACCAGCUGUAUAAUCAUUCACAUUAUGGGACAGAUCACUAUAAUACGUGUUUUUAUAUACCACUAUCACGGGUUUGUCUUGUUAUACAUAUUUAAAUGACAGCUGUAUGACUCAGUAAAAUGUUCUUUAUUACAUCAUUCAUUCUACAUUUGUUUUUCACUAUAUUGA